AUGUCUACCAUCACUGCUGACUUUACCGUGCUGUUGAACGUUCUGAAGCUUGACGUAUCAGGUACUAACUGCCUCAUCUUCCAUUACUGCUUCGAAAUCGCUGUCGAAUCCAAAGGUGUUUGGGGCCAUUUCGAUGGUUCUGAACCUUCUCCUCCUGGCCCUCAACAAGGUGACAAUGCUGCUGCUGCUGCUGCUGCCACAGCUGAAGUUGUUGAGUGGAAAAAGAAGGAGAAGGAGGCUCGUCAUUACCUUGUCCAGAAGCUGGAGGACUCAACCUUGACUGAGCUUUUGUGUCAUGCCACUGUUGAACGUUGA